UACUGGGUAAGUACUACUUGUCUAAUUUUAGAAGAAUUUCUAUCCUUAAGUAUUUACCCGCUAUGUCACAUCUGACGCUAGCUAUAUCCCUUUUACUCGUAUUAUACUCGCUGCAUAGAUUACCGUCGAGUUUGUUAUGCUAAUUCUUGGUCUCCCUAACUAAAUACCACAACUUUUCACUUACAUUUAAAUGCAUGCAACCUUGCUUAAAUGCUACAUUGGUACAUUGUACACUAGUCUUUAGAGAUAUCACCUCUUUUUAGUUAUUGUAUAACUUUGGAAAAUGUUAAAUAACUUUAGUUUUUUUUUAUUAGCCUUAGCUAGACGUUGUCUGUACUUGUAUACGAUCCGAAAGAAAACGAUUUCCUCACACGCGGUAUUAAAGCUAUGCUCAACAGUGGACGAAUCAAAGUUGAAAUAAUAAACGUGCUGCUGGUUGCUACAUUCACAACAGUCAUGUCAUUGUUAGGAGCCAACGAAGUCUCAUUAGCUAGUAUUGACUUGGAAUAAAUAUUAUAGGCGGUGACAAAAGACCGAGGAGUACAUAAAACAAUGUAAAUCACUAUUAGCCACAGCGACAACUUCAGUGCAGCAGUGGAUUCAAAGCUUUCAAUCUGAGAUAGUAUUUUCUUUAUCUUCAACUUAAUAAUGACUAAAACACCAGCGAUGCUCAUAAUAAACAGAGGUAGGAACAAAUUUAAUAGAGCAAGGAUAGAGUACAUAUGCAGACGUUGACUGUUGUCCACAAUAGUGCACAGUACAAUGCUUUCACCCUGGUGCACUGUAGUUGCUAAAAUAUAUUCGGGAACACUUAACGAUAUAGCCAGCACCCACACAAACACUGACGGUUGUGCCACUGAGAUUCGACGAUCAGUCAGCCGAUAGUCCAGGUUCAUAGUUCUCGGCGGAGUUGAGGAGUCACUGCUUGUCACUAAACUAUGGCGUGAAGAUCUUAUUUCUUCGUCUUCAUCCUGUGCGUUACGUUUGUUUCGUUUAGCGACAGCUUUUUCUUCUACAUUUAUCGUGGCAAGCGAAUGUAGCGCAAUAGUAGCUACCAAGUAGGAUGAUACAGUUGAUGCAAAAACGUUCAGUCCUCGAUAGGCCACACAGCUGUGUUGACCAAAAGGCCACGAUCUGGCAUUGUAAGACCAUAACUCGGGUCCUACUGUUGCUCCAAGUAUGAGAUCAGCCAGAGCUAAUUGUAAAAUGAUGGUGAGUAAACCACUCCUAGAUGUUUUGAAGAGGGCGGCUAUCACGGAGCAGUUGGCGAGAGCGGCAGCGCCAGCGACGCACGCAACGUACGCGGCGAGCGCGAGCGGCGGGAGGAGCGGCUCGGUCGGCUCGAUCGUAUGCGCGAGCUCCGACAUGGCGUCGGCUGUCCGGGACUGUAUCGGGAUCAAUGACUCGGGCCUCGCGGCCGCUGCGUCACCCGCGUUCUCCGCCGUCCCUCGAUGUUUUUUUUCAGUAGUGAUUCACCGCAGUCCGAACAUGUGCACCACACGAGGGCGCGCGAAAAUGCUAACGAUUCGAGUUCCAAAAAUGUCUAUAUGUGUAAUGUUUACUAUCAAUCAGAAAUUGGCAUGUACUACUUUCACAGUUACAUUAUUGGUGACACCUACAUGCAAGGGGCGAUAUUCAAAGCACCUGCAUGCGACUUCCGAGCACCGGCUUAUAAGAAGUGCGCGGAUUGUGAAGGAGUAACUUAUCGUGUGGUGGCUGGACAGCAAUGUAAGGCAGUGAUGGCACUCACAAGUGACAUAGUGUUAGUAACGCUGCUGUGCGUGGUUCGCGACGGUGCGCCUGCGCGGUUUCCCGAUCUAUUUCCCUUGCACGGCUGGUGGACGAAUACAGACCGCAUGCAAGACAGCUCAGACAUACAAGUGGUGUACCUACCAGCACUACUGCCGAGAGAAGCACAGCUUGCCUCCGACAAACAAUCAGAGGACAUCCCAUUACCGAAUUUUGAGCUUCAAUUGGUGCCAAAUCGUCGCCUUGUCUCCCCUGAGUUUCGAGUUUGGUCAGACCAGGGUCAAGAAGCUACGCUCUCGGCCGUAGACUCUUCCUGCCACUUCCAGCAUGCAGGGUCUAAUGCAGUCGCUGCAUUCUCAGCAUGCAGAGAUCAUGCUCUUCAUGGAUUGAUUGUCGUGGACAACUCAACUUAUGAAGUACGCCCUCUGCCACUCGGCAGCGGGCGGGCGGAAAACGGUAGCGGCCGCACGGCGCAUGUUAUCCGUCGCGCACCGCCGCCUGCACCGCCCGGCGAUGACGCACGUCUAUUGCGACCGCGCGUGCGCAGACCACGGGCCUACCCCCCACGACUCAAGCCUGGUCCGCCCAACUACACCAUUGAACUAGCUUUAUUCCUUGACGAAGCUGCUUACAAAAUAUUCUACCCUUAUCUCAACUACAGCGAGUCAGAUCUUCGUGAUAUGCUUCUAGCAUACAUUAAUGGUGUGCAAGCGCUGUACCAGCACUCUUCUCUGGGUACUCACAUUCAGCUGUCACUUGUGCGCUUGACGCUGCUGCGAUCACAACCAUCUUCUCUACCACCGCAUGCAGAACGAGGCCGAUUGCUUGACUCAUUUUGUGCGUACCAGCGAUCAUUGAAUGUAGACGAUGACGAUGAUCCUCAGCAUUGGGACAUGGCCCUGCUGCUAUCAGGGUUGGACUUCUAUUCAGAGGAAGGAGGUCGUCGAAAUGGAGUGACGAUGGGUCUGGCGCCAGUGGGCGGUGUGUGUUUACCAGCACAUGCGUGUGUGGUUUCAGAAUUCGGCACAUCUGACAUGCUCGGCCGGCCCUAUCCCUCUGCUGGCUUCACCUCUGUCUAUAUCCUAGCGCAUGAGAUUGGGCACAAUCUGGGAAUGCAUCAUGAUGGGACGGGCAACAACUGCGCUCGCGACGGCUACAUAAUGUCUCCUUCGCGCGGGACCAACGGCGAAGCCUCCUGGUCCACUUGCAGCGCUCGCGUCGUUGCCGAUUUGCAAUGGGCAACUUGCUUGUUUGAUGGCUCUGAUGACUUGGAUGCGCCCAGUGAGCUCCAGCACGAGAGGUUUGGUGGAGCUCCCGGAGCUGUAUGGAGUGCAAAGAAGCAGUGUGAGAUUCUGUUGCGUGACGCUGACGCUGCCCCGUCUCCAAGCGGUCCGGCAGGCGAACACUGCUCCCAGCUUGCCUGUCGCACGCCACACCGAGCUGGGUACUACUACGCCGGACCUGCACUACCUGGGACGCCCUGCGGAAUGCACAUGUGGUGUCAAGGAGGCGAGUGUGUGCCAGCGAAGGCUCUGCCAACAUCAAGUACCACGGCGAAACCUGACAAGGAUAUCGACAACACUAUAUCAGGAGGUUGGAGUCCCUGGAGAGAAGCAAGCUGCCAGUCUGGCUGUUCUGACAGGAGUCGAGGGUUCAGGGAGCGACGGCGAGUGUGUACGAAGCCCUCGACGGACGCAUGCCAAGGAGCUUCGUAUGACGUCGUGUUGUGUGAUGAUACCAAGGUUUGCGGCAAAAAAACUCGUGUAGGAGCAAGUGAGCUGGCGUCACGUAAGUGUGCGGAGUAUGCAUCGCUGCUGCCAGAGCUGGACCCUCGUGGAGGUGGUCUGCAGGCACCGCAUGAUCCCACUCGUAUGUGGAUGGGAUGUGCUGUGUUCUGCCGACGUGCAUCGGGAGGAGGUUUCUAUGCUCCACGGGUUGAGCUGAACGAUGCAGGCAAGGACCCUUAUUUCCCCGAUGGUACCUGGUGUCAUAACGAUGGAAGUCAAGACUACUACUGCCUUCAACAUCACUGCCUACCUGAGAAUUUCAAGAUGAACGCUCAAUGGCAUAUUUGGGAGCUUCCAAGUCAAGAUGUGUCGGGACCAUUCAAUGCUCGCGCGUUGUCAACUCCUGAUGAUGAAGCGGCCGCCGCCGCGAUCAAAGCUUACUUAUCCUUGGACAAUGCAGGAGUUCCCCUAACCAGGUCUGCCUUACCACCUCAGAUUCCUGAGGAGCCUGAAGAGAAUUGGGAAGUUGUAGAUUAUGUGGAUGUUCCCAAGCAGAGGAAAAGAAGUCCAAGAGGUUAUUCACCGGGUACAUAGCGUUGUGUCAUACAUACAACAAGAGUCAGAGGUUAUCAUACCAGUCCGUUUAUUGAAAUGAUUUAUACAGGUGAUUGAAAUGUCUAUUUUGGUAUCGAAAAGUUCCAUCUCGUAAAUUGUCAUUGAUUUGUUUACAUGAUAUUCAUGUUCAUUGGACACUUCUAUAAACGUAUUGUGGUGAAUAUAACUUUGAAAGGCUCAUUGAUUUUGUCCUCAAACACACUAUUAGCAGAUCAUUCUAAUAUAAUUCUAAGUACCUACCAUUAUCUUGCCAAAAUGUAAUUUAAUUUAUUUAAGUUAGGAUUAAGUUUGAGGUGCAACCAGUGCCUUACUGAAGCAUUUAUUAGUAUCGACAGUAUUAGAAAGAGUAUUAGGUAUUAUGUAUUUAUUUUUAAGUAGCCAUUAAGUUAAAUUACCAUUUACUUUGAAAUGGAGGAUGCACGAUUUUU